AUUGGCUGGUUUGCCGUAACACGGGAAGUGAAGACAGACAACAACAAAAAGCUUUGUAUCUAUGGACAAAUAUGAUUGAUAUAGCGGGCUUUUCCUGACUCGUCUGGAAAGCGUGUUUGUUUGGGGGGUUUUUUUUCUAACCAAAUUUAGCCUAAUUUCAACAGCGCCACAGUGUGAUCUGCUGUAAGCAGAAGCAACAUUAGCUUGUUUGGCUAACAGGUUAGCGGAUAAAGUGAGAACCUGAGCUUAACAUUUAACUUAUAUUAGAAAGCUGAUAUCGAUAUUCUGCAAGUUAAAAUUUUGCUGUGUAAUACACGGUGUACAGGUGAGUUAUGGGCGGGGUGCUAGGUGUGGGGGCAGGUGUCUUUCUCAUUGCCCUUAUAUGGAUAGGGACUCUGGUCCUUGGUCUCAUUAUGUCCCGUGCUGCUGGUGCAACCAGGCUUGGGAUUGUUCCCUUGGUGCUGUUGGCUCUAACCAUCACCUUGAUCCUUGUGCUCUUCCCUCGAGCCUCUGAAUUACCAUCUCCUGUUAAAGAAACACAGAUUGUGGACAACUUCUUCAUCGGCCGUUAUGUGCUCCUGGCGGUAGUGACUGUGGUUUUUUUGGUGUCUCUAUUCCUUCUCUUACCCUUCCACCUCCUGGAGCCAGUAUAUGCCAAGCCCCUGAGACCCUACUAGACCAGGGCCACAGUUCCCUCAACAUCAGUGAGGCUGACUUCACAUGAGAGGCCCAUACAAAGAGCUGCUCCAGUGUUUGUCUGCUGGGCAGAUCAGAUUUCUGGACCAUUUUCUGACUGAAAAAAUGGACUAUCUUAAAGACCAAGCUUCUACAGUAAAGGCAGAGAUAUCAUUUUGAUUAUCUCCAGCUUUAAGCCACCAGAAAAUGUAUUGAGUUACUAUGUUGUUUUCAGGUGAUUGAAUAAAUUCUAAAAACUUUGGACUACAGAUUGGGACUUUGUUCAAAUCCCAACACCACAUGUUGUGCACGACAUCAGGUGCUCUGUUGUGUGCUGUCUCAGUUGUAGGUCUCUUCAGAUAUAAAAUUGUCAGCCCAAUGAGCAACUAAAUAUGUAGCUAUGUUUCUCACUUUUGUAGUUGCUGGUUGUAUUUUUUAAUUUUAUUGCUAUUUAUUUGUAUAAUGUUUUGCUUAAUACAAAUCUUAGUAUUAUUAACUGUGAGUGAUUUAGUCAAGAAUUGGUGCCACUCUAUUAACUGGUGACCUACUACCCCUUAUUGUCCAUACGGACAACACAAACCAGACAUUUCAUCAGCUCUGCACCAUUUUGACAUGCUAAUUUGGCUCACCAGAAGCAUUCUUUUAAAUACUGUCUCUUUACACAAUGUGACAAAAGCACUAUGAGGAGAAUUGGGUGCUUCAGCAGGAUGUCAAGCUGUGCAAGUUUAUCAAUUUGAUUGUAAUGUGAUUUUUUUUUUUAUUAUUGUAGCGCAUUAGUAAAAA